CACAAGCCGAUUGUCUAAUAUUAUACCUUUUGAUCUUAUAUUCACUCAACCUCACUCGUCGUUUUCUUCCCCGUACAUGGCGUCCUCUACUGGUGCUGGGUGGGCACAACUGCGGCAGCAGGCCAGAUCUCUCGAAACUCAGACCGAGAGCCUCUUUCACACCUACUCCCAAUAUGCUUCCAUGACCAAGCUGCCUCCGCAGCCCGCAGAAGAGGAGAUCCGCAAUGAGCACCAGAUCCGAGACCUCUUGGAAAAGCGCGAAUCCCUACUGGCCCAACUCGCCCGCCUCCUCGAUUCCGAGGCAACACUCACAUCCUCAGCUCUCAAACAGAACAACCUAGCCCGCCACCGUGAAGUCCUCGCAGAACACAAACGUGAACUAUCCCGCCUCACGGCUGCGAUAGCUGAGUUGCGGGACCGCGCAAACCUCCUCUCCAACGUGCGCUCCGACAUUAACGCUUACCGCUCCUCGAACCCUGCCGCCGCGGAAUCAGAGUACAUGCUCGAGGAGCGGCGUCGUAUCGAUGAGAGCCAUGGAGUAAUAGAUGGCGUGCUGAGCCAGGCCGCGAGACACUUUCGAGCAUUAACCGGCGGAUUGUGGGCGCUGCCAGCCAAAUCCCGGGGGUGA